GUUGCAGGUUUCUUUGGGGAACCCUGCUGAGAACAAGUUCGGACACUCGGGAAUGAGUCCGGAGUCGACCUGACGUGCAUGUUUGUACUCGGAGGGGGUUUGAAAAGGGAAAAGAGAAAAAAGGGACAUGUGCGAAUAUGAACGAGUCCGGGAUCCCCUCGAGGCCCGCUGCCGGCUUUCGGCCCUCCAUCCUCCGGCAUUAAGUGCACAGUUUCAGCUUUUAAAAAAAAGAGGAAGGGGAAUCUCCGACGUGUUAUUUUCGCAAUAUUGCAAUCCACUUUCUUAACGCGCGUGUGUGUGUGUGUGUGUGUGUGUGUCUUGUUUUUCGGGACUUUUCACUAUUACCUGUUAAGUUUCCACCACUCCUACUCUUCUUCAAGUUACCACCUCGCCCCCUUCUGCUCUUUUACCAGAAACCGCACCAGAAGCUUCUAAUUGGGCUGAGAGAGAGAGAGAGAGAGAGACAGAGAGAGAGGGAGGGAGGAGCGACGGAAAAGAGGCAAGAAAGACUCGUCAAGUGCUGCAGCAAAUUGUGGUCAGCGGCGCUCCAAAGUCUCGCACACAGCGAAAGUCAGAAGAAGGAAGCAGAAGUGGCGUCGUGAGGCCGCAGCUGCCGGCGGCCAUGGCGCAGGGCUCGGACAGCAACGACGCCGGCUACCGCUCGCCGUCACCUGGAGGCCGGCAGAGCUCGUCGGACGACGUGAAGAAGGUGAUGCGGCGCGAGAAGAACCGCAUCGCGGCGCAGAAGAGCCGAAUGCGGCAAACUCAGAAGGCUGACAGCCUCCACCUGGAAAGCGAGAGCCUGGAGAAAGAGAACGCUGCGCUAAGGAAGGAGGUGAAGCAGCUGACGGAGGAGGCCAAGUACCUGUCGUCGGUGCUGAGCACCCACGAGCCCCUGUGCGCGGGCCUCACCCCGAGCACCCCGGACCUCCCGUACCCGCCUCACCACCACCACCACCGCCACCACACCGCCUACCACCAACAAAUCGCCGUGCCACACUACCAGCACUGAGCCCACCCAGCCAGCCUCUCACAGACACACACGGAGCUGACCCGGAGGAUUACCAUAGAUCAGAUUGUGUCACCUUCCAUGACAACAGUUUAUUCCCCGAGCGGUCACAAUAUUAGGUACACCUGAACAACCCCAGAAUGCUCGGCAGUCAAUCGCAAGUGGCGGUCGGGAACUGAGGUCCCUUUCUAGAGAGCUUCAGAUGGUGUUCCACAAGGCUCUCUAUACAGGAUGCAUACAUUUUGACAUUAUACUCUACAUAAGUUUAACAAUUGCAAAAACACGGUGUUCCACAAGGCUCAAUAUUAGGUCCACUUUGUCAAAUUUACUUGCCAUUCCAGUUGGAAUGCUAGAUAAGAUUGUGGUGAUAUUGUAUUACCGUUGUAGGACGUAACUGCUGUAAACCAAGGACUUUCUAGAGAGAUUCAGAUGGUGUUCCACAAGACUACAGAUUUCUAUUAUACUCUAUACAUAAAUUGCACAAUUGCUGACCAUUGCUAACCCUAACAGUAGAAAACGCGGUGUUCCACAAAGCUCUAUCUUCGGUCCAGUCUACAUGUCAAAAUGACUUGGCAUUCCAGUAGGAAAGCUAGAUAAGACUCAGGUCGUAGUACUCUAAAGCAAGGACCUUUGCAAGGCAAAGACAGAUAAAUGCCGGGUCGCCUCCUGUUUAUGGUUCCGAUGCGGCAGUCUCGUUGGUUCUCUUGUCUAGACGAGGCGACUUAAUGCUGUCAUCAAAAUGUGCAGGUGUACCUAAUCUUGUGUGUGCUGUUUAUACGCCAACUCCGAUGAGCCACCAAGCAGUCUUUGUUUACACUGCGACAAAGAACCAUUGAUUGCAGAUGAUUCAUUUGUAAAAUGUUUUUGUUUUUUUUUGGGGGG